AAGAGUUUGCUUAAUUCUUCGCCUCUCUACUCUAUAAAAGGGAGGUGACAUUAUAUUGCUUUUACAUAACUACUUCCAUACCAAGCUUGCUUUGUUGUUUCCUCUUCGAUCUAAAUGGCUGUUUUUCAUGCAACUAUGUUCUACAGACCUCCUUUUCUCCUUUCUCUUUUCCUACUCGUCCUAUUUCUUCCUAAUCUCCACAUAACAGAUGCACAAGUAGGGGUGUGCUACGGACGAUUGGGCAACAAUUUACCGUCCAGUCAAGAAGUAGUCCAACUCUACAAAUCCAACAGCAUUCGAAGGAUGAGAAUAUAUGAUCCGAACCCACAAGCUCUCCAAGCCCUCCGGGGAUCCGGCAUCGAAUUCAUACUUGAUGUUCCUAACAGCAAUCUCGAGGGUCUCGCUAACGAUGUUGCCGCUGCAAGAAAGUGGGUCCAAGACAACGUCCUAAACUAUUAUCCGGACGCCAAGUUCCGGAUCAUAGCCGUUGGGAAUGAGGUCAAUCCCAACGGUGGUGAAACAGCUCGCCUUGCUCCGUUUGUGCUCCCUGCCAUGUCAAAGAUCUACGAUGCAAUUGCCUCUGCUGGCUUGAAGGACCAAAUCAAGGUUUCCACUGCAACAUACUCGGCACUCGUAAGCAACCCGUAUCCACCUAGUAAGGGCUCUUUCGAUGGUGCCUCAGGGUCAUUUAUGCGACCGAUCAUCAACUUCCUAAAGAACACUAACAACCCACUACUCGUCAACAUAUACCCCUACUUCAGCCACAUCGAAAAUCAACAAGACGUGCCUCUUCCAUAUGCCCUUUUCACAGCAACAGGAGGUUUCCCACAAGAUGGUCAGAAUCAAUACAAGAACCUUUUCGAUGCCUUGUUGGACGCCGCCUACUCUGCUGUAGAGAAGGCAGGCGGACCCAACGUGGAAAUCGUGGUGUCAGAGAGCGGAUGGCCGUCUGCAGGCGGCACUGCUGCUUCGGUGCAGAAUGCAGCGACUUAUUAUAGCAACCUUAUCAAUCAUGUGAAAGGAGGGAGUGGGAGUCCAAAGAGGCCAGGGAGGGCUAUUGAGACUUAUUUGUUCGCCAUGUUUGAUGAGAAUCAAAAGACUGGAGCAGAGAGUGAGAAGCAUUUUGGGCUUUUCUCACCCAAUAAGCAGCCCAAAUACCAACUUAGUUUCAACUAAGAAAGUUGUGAGUUAUAGCCAGGCAUUAAGAAGAAAUACAUGAAAGAGUAAGAACUAAUGUCACGGAAACGAUAAUUGUAUUUAAUGAAUAAUAAGCCUAGGCUUCUAUGUGCCUACAAAGGAAAUAAGAAAUGGAGAAUUUAAUACUCCUUGCCAUGUACUUUCCUCUGGAGAUAUAUCAAGCAUUAGUUUUACUUCCUAA